AUGGAGCGUUGUGAGAAAGAGUUAACAGCCUCUGAUGUCAAGCGACUAUCAGUGACUAAGAAGAUGCUGGCAUUCAUGCCCCCUAUGGAUCCAGAUCAUGAUAUCCCAAUAAGAGUCUUAGAUGAUUGGGGUACGUCUUAUGUUUUCUAUUUAUCUUGCAGGCAAGACUACAAAAAUCCAGUUUUCCAGUCAAGACAUUGGAGUGCCUUUCUCAAGGAGAGGGGUGCUAAAGCUGGGGAUUUCAUCUAUUUCUGGCCUCAGGAAAAUGCAUUUUAUCAAACACAAUACAGGAUUAAGCUGCUCAGAAGUUUUCUUUCCCCAAAACCCAGCUCUCAAGUUGUGCAGGAAGAAGAAGAAUAA